CGGGGAGAAGGCCUGGGCGCGGGAAGGUGGGCACGGGCGAGGCCCCAGGAGGGACGGGCAGCGACCAGGAGAGUCCUGGCCCCGCUUCUCCUUGGGCCACAGCGGCCACAGGCAUUUGAAAGUACUGACUAUGAGGAGGAUACCUCACCGCUGGGCAUUGUUCACCCUGAAGCUGCUGCAACAGAGAGAUCCCAGAACCACUAGCAUGAGCCAGCCAGAACGAUAAGAAUUUUUGCCAAGCCAGACGCCCAGAUAUCUGUCUCCAGACUUCAGAGGAAGCACAAUGGCAAUUGAAGAUCAACUAAAGAUAUGUGGCCACAAGAGGGAUGCUGAUGUCCUUGAGCUGUUCCUUUCUAAAAAGGAGCUGACAGAUGUUAUUGAUCUUUCUAGGUUUAGAAAAUUAAAAUACUUAUGGCUACAUCAUAACAAGCUCCAUGAAAUAACAUUUCUAACUAGAAACUAUUGUCUGACAGAAUUGUAUCUAAACAACAAUGCAAUUAUUGACAUUGAAGGCCUGCACUAUUUGCCUUCAUUGCAUAUACUGAUGCUGCACCACAAUGAGUUAACAAACAUCGAUGCAACAGUGAAGGAAUUAAAGGGAAUGCUAAAUCUGAAGAUCCUAAGUCUCUACCAAAACCCUUUUUGCCAAUAUAACCUGUAUCGUUUAUAUACCAUCUACCACCUUCCAGGAGUAGAGUUGCUUGACCGAAAACAAGUUACAGAAAAAGAAAGAAGAUCAAUGAUUACCAUUUUUAACCAUAAAAAGGCUCAUAUUGUUCAAUCAAUCGCAUUCAGAGGAAAAGUAGAUGCCUCAUGGGAUCCUAGAUCACCUUUUAAGCAAAAAAAAGCCAGCAGGGUACCUAAAGGUUUUUCAUUUGCGAAUAAUGUAAGCAAAAUUGUGUUUGAUGAUCCAGAAGAUGCUGUUUUUGUCAGGUCGCUGAAGAGAUCAGUGAUGACUUUUACCUCUCUGAACUGGAACACAGUUCCCAAAAGGGAGGAAAAAUACCUUGAAGACAGAGGCACAAAACCUCCUCAAAUGCUCACAAUUACACUGAGAUAACCCCUGGUAUUUCUUGGAAUCCUGGCGGUUUUCAGUUGUGUAUUAAACUUCUCUGUGGUUUACAAUGUUUAUUAUGACAUUAUUUGAAACAUCCUAUCUAAUGAAGAGAGAAUAUGCUAAUUGACUCUCACACUAUCACAAAGAUGGUGGCACCCACAGUCACAAGAUGACAGUGCCUAGUCCCCUCAGCCAUGCUCAGGCAGCAGGCGCAUAUCUGUUGGGAGCUAGCAGAGUUGAGGCAAGCAACUCAGUCUUAAGGAAAUGGAAUUGGGUUCCU